AUGGAAUUGGUCAAGAGCCGUCGCGGUGACAUUGAUAAUUUCAAGGAAAUUUCCUGUGGCGCAGACGCUGCAAAGCACUUCAACUUUAGCAGUGGUUACAAAAACUUGAACCAUGGAUCGUUCGGUACCUACCCAUUGGAGGUCAGGAGCGUGAUGCGCAGCUUCCAAGACGAAUGCGAACAAGAGCCCGACAAUUUCCUUCGCUACAAGCUACCCAACUACAUGGACGAAUCCCGAGAAGCGAUAUCAAAACACAUCAACGCUCCUACUGAGACUGUUGUUCUCAUUCCCAAUGCCACAACGGGCGUCAAUAUUGUGCUUCGAAACUUGGUCUUUUCCCCGGGAGAUGUCAUCAUCUACUGCAGUACAAUCUAUGGUGCGUGCCAUAAGACUGUGGAAUACAUUGUGGAAACAACGCCCGCGGAGUCGCACCAGGUGGAAUUUCACUAUCCAAUCUCAGACGAUGAUGUCGUCAAGGCGUACGAAAGCGCAUUCAAAAAGAUUAGGUCCGAGGGAAAGACCCCUAAGAUUGCCAUAUUCGACACUCUCGUCUCCAUGCCGGGAGUCCGGAUGCCCUUCGAACACCUCACGGAGCUCUGCCGCAGCAACAACGUCUUGAGUCUUGUUGACGGCGCUCACUCAGUAGGUCAACUCCCACUGAACCUCAGCAAGCUGGAUCCAGACUUCUUCGUCUCCAACGCUCACAAAUGGCUCCUUGUCCCACGAGGCUGUGCAGUAUUCUACGUGCCUGUCCGCCAUCAGCACCUCAUCCGCUCUUCGUUGCCUACCAGCCACGGAUUCAUCCCCAAGACCGGAGGCAAAAUCAACAAUCCGCUACCACCCAGCACGAAGAGCGAGUUCGUGAAUGCUUUUGAAUUCGUGGGAACUGUGGACUGGUCUCCCUACUUCUGUAUUCCUGCAGCUAUUGCUUGGCGUAGCAAGAUCACCUACGGGGAGAAGACGGGCGAAGAUGCCAUAUUGGACUAUUGUUGCCAGCUGUCGGCUGAAGGAGGAAAGCUGGUAGCCUCUGCGCUGGGCACUGAGCUUCUUGAAAACGAAAAAGGGACGUUAAGUGCCGGUACUAACUUUGUCAAUGUUCGCUUGCCAAUUUCAUACUCAGACGAUGCUGGCGGAAACUAUGGAAAUGCAGCAAAGAUUGGACAAUGGAUGACGAAGCAGCUACUGGACGAGCAUAACACGUUCAUGGUCUUUCUCCUCCACGACGAUAAGAUCUACACCCGGAUCAGCUCUGCUGUGUACUUGACUCUCGAAGACUACGAGCUCGCCGCCAAGGCUUUGGUCAAGCUGUGUGAACGAGUGCGACAGGGAGCGUGGAAAUAG